AUGGAGCCACAACCAACUGAGGAUGGCAACAGAGCAGCUGGGGGUAGUGCUACCAUGGUUUGCAGGCAGAGCAGUACCAGAUGGACUCCCACGACUGAUCAGAUAAGAAUCCUCAAGGAGCUUUACUACAACAAGGGAGUUAGGUCCCCAAGUGCAGAGCAGAUUCAGAGGAUCUGUCUCCAGCUGAAACGGUACGGGAAGAUCGAGGGAAAGAACGUCUUUUACUGGUUCCAGAACCACAAGGCUCGGGAGAGGCAGAAGAAGAGGUUCACUGCGGAUGUUCAUGUUCCCAUGCAAAGAUCAGGGCUUGUUGGGAAUGCUAAUUGUACUAAUUGGAAGCCUGAUGAUCAGUACAUGAACAUGAACAACAAGUACUCCAACAUUUGUCAAGGGGUUUCUUCUGCACCUGCUUCUGCUUCUUCAGCUGGCGGUGUGAUUGCUUUUAACGGGCAGAUGGGGAACUGUGGUGGUUAUGGAUCUAUGAACAUGGAGAAGAGUUUUAGGGAUUGCUCAAUCUCAGCUGGAGAAGGAACUGGUACUACUGCUGUUGGUGUUGGUGGAUCCCUUGGUCACAAUUUUGGGUCAUGGGUCGGCGGCGGUGUUGACCCAUAUUCCUGCUCAUCCUACACUUCUGGUACUAGUACUACUUUCUUUGACAUGAAAGAACAAACCUUCAUGGAACAAGAAGAAGAAUAUCACCAGGAGAUUGAAACCCUCCCACUGUUCCCCAUGCACGGUGAGGAAUUCUUUGGCAACAUCAAGACUUCUUCCGAGGGCGGCAGCGGCUACGGCUACUACUCCGGUAGCUGGGGUGGUUACAACGGUGGCGCUCGCACUUCCCUUGAGCUCAGCCUCAACUCCUACGGCUACAACACCCUCAAUUACCACUGA